AUGUCUGUAGCAGGCGUAAAGCUCAAUCCGGCAAUAGCUAAACCCACGGGCAAUGGCCAAGUGCAUUGCAUCGUAUGCAAUAUGCAGGUCAAACCCAAGGUUUGGACUGCCCACGUGAACGGAAAAAAGCAUCGAGAUUCCUGUGAACGGCUCAAACAGCAGUUGGUAUCUGGCCCAAAGCGACCAAACGAUGCUUUGGCUGCGCAGAAUGGUGGACCUCCCACGAAGAAGAUAAGAGAAGAUCCACAACCUGUUCCUUCGUCAAAUGGCCCUUUACCGUCAGACUUCUUUGAUGAAGAGCCUGGACUAAGCAUUCAAACGCCAUGGCAGAAAAACAAAGAUGAAGAAAAUGCUCAUCUUCGAGAAAGAAAAGGUGUUAUAGAAGGUGUUCCGCAAGGAUUCUUUGAUGAUAAGAGGAGAGAUGGAAUGGUCAGAGAAACGAUUGAAAAUGAAGCACAAAUGAAUGAAGAGUAUGAUCGGUUGAUGCGCGAGUUGAAUGAACAAAAUCACGAAGACGAAGCAAAGGCAGAAGAAGAAGAUGAACAAGAUGCUCUCUUCCGCGAUAUCUCCAACGCAGACGAUCAAAUGGAGAACUGGAUGCGACUGAACGCUAUGGAAAAGUUGAAGGAAGCACGAUUACAAGAGGCACGUGAAAAAGCUGCUGUCCAAGAAGAUGAUGAUGAGGGUAGCGAUGAUGACGACAUCGACUUCAACAACUGGCGGGCAAAACGAGUUUUGUGAAGAGAUGAUCUCAACUUAUCUAAAUUGAGUAUGAUAAAAUUCUGAAAACAUCACACAAUGAGAUUUCAUAUUAAUUUAUGAAAUGAUAACAGUAGAUACAAUACAGAGAUCGAAACAAUGUUAAAG